AUGUGACAGUGAAAUACCAGAGGCUGUCGUCCCUCCGUGUGCUGUUACUCAGCUCCAGUUCUUCAGACUAGAGCCACUCUCUGCGCAGCAGGUUGUCCAGAAUGCUGUCUUUAGUCAUAAUCACGGGUCUACUGGCUUUUGCAUUUGGCAAACCAUGUGACACUGAAGGAUCUAACAGCGAGCUCCUUUUGUCCCUCAAUAAGAAUCUCCUUCGCUCUGUGGAGACACAGGAAGGACUCCCCAAUCCCAGUGUCCACUUGGCAUUACGGCUUUCCAACAGCCACAACCUGGCCAACGAGGGCAAACAUCUGAACAAACUGAAAAAUGAGUUGCACAAUGACAUUCAAAGCUCUCUGUCUAACAGCCAGCCUGUGACUGGCCUCUUGGCGCUGUACACUCUGGCUCUGAGGUCCUCCUGCUACGACCUCAACACAGUCACCUUCACCGUCAGUGACAACAGUGAGAAGCUGCUGACGCACCUGAAGAAGCAGAUGGAACUAGAAAAGGAGCACAUUGCCUUCAGCCACCGCCCUUUGACCAACUAUUACCAGUACUCUCUGGGUGUGCUUGCUCUUUGCGCGAGCGGCAUCAGAGUCAGCAACCAUGUCAGCAACAAGCUCAUCAAGGCAGUAGAACAUGAGCACUUCAAACAUGGAGACUCUGAGAGUGUUGAUACCUAUGCCAUGGCUGGAAUGGCGCUGCAGUGUGAGAAGGAUGCUGGUUCUCAUGUGCACAACACUGCUGAGCUUGACACAGCCCUCGACAAGAUCAAGCAGAAGCUCUUGGCCUCUCGCAGGGCUGAUGGCCACAUUGGCAAUGAGUUCAGCACAGGCCUUGCGGUUCAAGCCUUAAUAGCAAUGCGAAGCCCAGUUGCAGAGUGUGCUGCCUCGAUGGAGGCCAUGAGGAGAGAUGCCAGAAGCAACACAUACCACAACCCCAUGGCUGUAUCUCAGAUCUUGCCAGCUCUCCACCAGACAUCCUACUUGGCAGUUAAAAGCAUGGACUGCCUCAAUGAAAGUGACACCCUGGUGCUGGAGCCCAUAGAGCCCGAGUUGGUUUCACCAAGCAAGACUCAAGUGACUGCGACGGUGGAGGUGGUGACUUUCAAUGGGGCAGCUUCUGUUUACUCUGUGGAUGUGCCAAAGGGCAGCACACUGUUGGAGGCCUUGGAACUUCUCCAGGCCAAAAAUGUUGGCUUCACGUUUGACAAGGAGACGAGCAUGUGGGGACCUUUCCUAAGUAUGGUGAACGGAGAGCAGGCCAGACAGAGUGACCGCAGAUACUGGCACCUUUCCUCUGAUGGCACUGCACUCACUGAGGGUAUCAGUGAUUUCAAGAUUGAAGCGACUCAAAAGAUCACCAUCCGAAACACAAGCUACUGAGUUUCAGUCAUUGCUGCUGCAACAAGGACUGACGUGUAUCAAAUUACAAAAGUGGUCCAAUCUUUAUUUUUUAAAUCCUCCCUUGUUUUAACCAGUGAUAAAACUUAAAUUGCUUGUUGCCAUCAUCUCUGACUAACUGGUCUUAGUGGUUUCCCAAAAUGAUUAGUUUGAAGCUAGAAUGAAAGUGCAAUUUAGAACUAAAUGAAAACACUUUGCUGUGAAUGUACUAAUUUUAGUAUGUGACUUGUAAAGCUUUCAUAAUAAUGGACUGUUAAAUGAGUGUGAAAUGUUUUACAGAAUGUAAUUGUAUACAUAAAGUUGUGAUGGCUUUUUAAAU